GCAUUACAGCGUAUAAAAGUAAAAAAUCCUACUACCUACAUUUAAUCUAUUCAGACUAUUCUGUGCUACUACCUAGAUUUUUACGUUUCACAUUACAUUUACGUUACACCAGACUACCUAUUCAGUAAUAGAUAUCUUUUUAAAUUAUAAAUAAAAAAAUUAAUUAAUCAGAUAAAUGUAUAUUAAUAUCUAAAAACAUUUAUCUUAACAUAUAAUAAUAAACAAUAAUUAAUAAUAUACAACAUAAAACUAGUCAAAUCCAAUCUGUAACUUUUUUGAUGAUAACCGAGAAUAUUGCCGAUCGUUUCCGAAAUAAAACAACAAAUCCCGAGUUCCUGAUCGUCGUACCUACAAUAAUAACAGCGUAAUCCUACUUUAAUACGCUACGGCAACUUAUAUUAGAUAACAGCUAGUAAAUUUGUAUCGUAAGUAUUAGUGAACAUUUUUAUACAGUGUUACAUUAGUUAACUAGGUAGUUAUUUAUAAUAUUGACAAAACAAUCGUAUGGAAACUGAUCGACGCGGAAAUAACGCGUAAUUAAAAUAUUUGAAAUGGUAGGCAACAAUAAUGUAAUGUGAAAAUUUGAAAUGAUUCCCUUGCAAAUCAUGACAUAAAAAUUAAGUUAAGAAUUAUCUAAAUGAUGGCAAGGAAACGACGUAGUACAACAGAAAUAAAUACAGCUGAAAAUGCUUCGGUUCCAAAACGUCGUUAUACUAGUGCACAAAGAACUCAUCUUGAAGAAAUGAUGGUUUUUAAUCAUAAAAAAUGUCUUUCAUGGUAUCAUAAAUAUACAAACGAUGUCGGCGAACUAGGGCCCGAAGGCAUGGAAAAAUUUUGUAUGGAUAUUGGGGUUGACCCAGAAGAUUUAGUUAUGCUUGUUUUGGCUUGGAAAAUGAGUGCUAAAUCAAUGGGCUAUUUCUCAAGUGCUGAAUGGUUAAAGGGUCUUACAGAAUUACAGUGUGAUUCAGUUAAAAAACUUCAAAGUAAAUUGGAAUCUUUGAGGUUGUAUUUUAAUGAUCCAUUAGCAUUCAAAAGUAUAUAUAGAUAUGCAUAUGAUUUUGCAAGAGAUAAAGAUCAACGAAGUAUGGACAUAGAAACUGCAAAAUUGAUGCUAAAUUUAUUACUUGGAAAACAAUGGAAACUUUACACUUUAUUUGCUAAAUUUAUAGAUCAAUCCAAGUAUAGAGUUAUUAAUAAAGACCAAUGGUGCAAUAUAUUAGAAUUUUCACGAUCUAUCGCUACAGAUUUGGCAAAUUAUGACAUAGACGGAGCAUGGCCUGUUAUGUUAGACGAGUUUGUGGACUGGAUAAAAAAUAGUAACAGCUGAAAUUAUGAAGAGGAUUAUUACCUACCAGGAUUAGUUACUGGAACAACUUAUAAGUUAAAUACCAUUUAAUAAAACUGAAUCGAUCUCUCGUAUGCUUUUCCAAUUUCCAUAUAAAUACAUUUUUAAUUUCAAUUAAUAUUUCAAAAAUCCAGUACAUAAUACAAAUCACUUUUUUGCAAGUCUUCUAUUAAAAAUAUUUUUUAUAUAUAUUUAUAUAGUAUAUUAAUAUGAAUAAUUAUAAUAAAAUCAUUCACACAGA